AUCUCAUCAAAUAAUAAUAAUAGAUAAAUUAGUUAUAGUUCCAAAUAUAUGGCUAAUUUAGAUUUACAAAGAUUUACACCCUAAAAUGUUUUUCAAAAUGGAGUACAAGAAUAUUACUGACAACUUAAAUGGCCAUCAAUUAAAUCAUCUACUGACUCAUCUUUCAAGUCUUUCCAUGCCAUUGAAUCAUCAAAAGCCAAUGGCAUUGAUUGAAAAAAGGUCUCUGUCUCUAGAAUAGCCUCGUUCAACUGUUUUAAUAAGAUCAUCUUCCUCAGUUGGAAUAUUAAAUUGGGGAAAGUUUCAAAUUUGAAUGCUUUUGUAGAUAGGCAAGUAAUUUUUAGAACAAAAUGCAAGAAUAUUGUUUCUCUUUCAAAUUGUGUCUUAUUUUAUGGGUACUAAUUUGAAUAUCUUGAGAAUGAUUUUGGAAAAAUCAAAAUAGAUUUUGAAACACGUACAAACAUAGGUGCAGGGAAGAAAAAUAAAGCAGAGGAAUGAAAGAAAGGAGGUCAACUGUUGUGGAGGAAGAUGCGGAAGUAAGAGGAGUUAAAGUACCUUUAUUUUAGAAUAAAGUUUAAAAAUAUUCUAAUUAAGGAAUUAAGGUUAUAAAGUUCCUUACUUUGGGAAAAAACUCCUAUUUUGACCCGUGACCAAACCCUUGCCUUCACAUUUUUGGCUAUCAAACCAAACCAGAAAAACAUAAAAUAAAAAGAAUUUCCAUUUUCUUUCUCUCUUCUUUCACUGAGCCUAAAAUUUAUUUUUCUUUUCCUUUUUCCGCUUUUUCUUGAAUAAUUUGAUUGGGGGCUUAGAAAACCAUGGCUUAUGCAUCUCAUAUCAUCAAUCACUCUAAAAAGUUAAGAAAUGUUCUCAACUUAAUGCGGCAUGAUCAUGCCGUUUUGGUUCGUUGGUUUUCUCAUGGAGCACGAUCCUCUGUUUGUAAACGAGAAGAUGUUACAAAGACCCUUCCUCUUGGUUACGCACCUGCAGAAAGGGAGAGGGUAUUUAAGUUUGUUGCCUGUAACCCUAUAUCUGAUUUAUCUAAGAACAAUCUUUCAAGGACAACAAUGAGAUUGGGAAUUCCAAUGGUUGGUGUGAUAUACAGCCGAGAACUUUCAUGUUCACAGGUACAGUCAAGGAGAGGAUUUGCAUCUGAUGCAGGCCUCCCCCCUCACCAAGAAAUUGGAAUGCCGUCACUCUCACCCACAAUGACAGAGGGAAAUAUUGCUAGGUGGUUGAAAAAAGAGGGUGAUAAAGUGAAUCCUGGUGAAGUGCUGUGUGAAGUUGAAACUGAUAAAGCAACUGUUGAGAUGGAAUGCAUGGAAGAAGGUUAUCUUGCCAAGAUUAUAAAGGGAGAUGGGUCAAAAGAAAUCAAAGUUGGUGAGAUAAUUGCCAUCACUGUUGAAGAGGAGGAGCAUAUUGCGAAGUUCGAGGACUACAGUCCUUCAGUAUCAGAUUCUGGUGCUCCUGCAGCAACAAAGCCAGCAGCAGCUCCUCCGCCAAAGCAGGAGCCUGUUGGACAACCAGUUAGUUCACCAGAGCCUAAAACUUCCAGAUCAAUUUCACCUCCUGCUGAAGAUCGCAUUUUUGCAAGUCCUCUUGCACGAAAAAUGGCUGAAGAUCACAAGGUACCCAUCUCAAGUAUCAAAGGAACAGGUCCUGAUGGACACAUUGUGAAGGCUGAUAUUGAAGAUUACUUGGCUUUACGUGGGAAGGAAGUUUCAAAACCAACUACUAAGACAAAGGAUGCAAAACUUGCAGCCCCAGAUUAUGUAGAUAUUCCUCAUUCUCAGAUAAGAAAGGUCACAGCAUCACGCUUAUUAUUCUCAAAGCAGACUAUCCCCCAUUACUAUUUAACAGUGGAUACGUGUGUUGACAAGCUUAUGGAUUUGCGGAGCCAACUCAACUCGUUACAAGAAGCUUCAGGUGGGAAGCGUAUAUCUGUCAAUGAUCUUGUAAUUAAGGCUGCUGCAUUGGCCCUCCGAAAGGUUCCACAGUGCAAUAGUUCAUGGACAGAUGAUUAUAUUCGCCAGUAUAACAAUGUGAAUAUUAAUGUAGCUGUGCAAACAGUCAAUGGACUUUAUGUCCCUGUGAUCAGGGAUGCAGAUAAGAAAGGUUUGUCCUCAAUUGCUGAGGAGGUUAAGCAUUUAGCACAAAGGGCCAAAGAGAACAGCUUAAAACCUCAAGAUUAUGAGGGAGGCACAUUUACAGUUUCUAACUUGGGAGGGCCCUUUGGUAUCAAGCAAUUCUGUGCCAUCAUUAAUCCUCCUCAGUCAGGAAUUCUUGCUGUUGGGUCUGCUGAGAAGAGGGUUAUCCCUGGCUCGGGUCCUGAACAAUUCAAGUUUGCUUCAUUCAUGUCUGUAACUCUAAGUUGUGAUCAUCGUGUUAUUGAUGGUGCAAUUGGUGCUGAAUGGCUGAAAGCUUUCAAAGGCUACAUUGAGAAUCCAGAAUCAAUGUUGCUCUAAAUCAACCAGUCGUUCUUGUUUCUUUUGGUUUUAGACACAUUUCUUUGCUGUGAUCAAUUCACGGCUUGAAUGCAAUACUUCAUGUAUUCCCGAGCAUUUUACUCCGGCGGUAGCAAUUUCACUGCAAACCAAAUUAAUUUUUUU